GACUCUUGUGGGAACUGGGUGAGAGUUAUACCUGUCAUUUGAAACAAAUGUGAUCUGAGAGCUCUGUACUGUUUAGCGUCAAUUUACGAGGAGCAAGUUGGGAAUUGUGCACGCUGUUGGUUGGUGAUACUGUUUAGUUGGGGCAGCCUAAGACGUGCACGAUUUAGGAGUGUGUAGGUGACACCUCUCUCUGGUUUUUUUGGGCUUUUACAGGGCGUCUCGGCAAGUGUCAUCCUAUUUUGACAUUCCUUCUCGAGCUUGCUGUUGAAAACUACUACUUCCGUAAUCACUGAGGGUGGAAGCCCCCUACAGUUUAGGAGUGAUAGAGCCUAAGAAGGCACUCACAAUACUAUUGUAACAGCCAACUCUUCCCCGAAUUCUUCGUUGAUUCACACACUGUUGCCAGUUACAUGUUCAUUACUUGGUAGGAAUGGAGAUUGACCUCGCUGACAUCACGUGUAACCAGCUUUCUAUUCCAAUGAGUGACUUUCAUGACUUUGUUUCUCAAGGAAAUUUUCAUUGUGGCUUACUGGUCUUGGCCUUUUUUUUUUAAGUAAGAGCUUUAUUGAGAGUGAUUGAGAUUUAUAAUUCAUCCAUCAAAAAUUCAGCCUUUUAAAGUUUUAACGUAUACAUUACAGUUGUGCAGCUAAGCUAUCACCUCGAAAAGAAAUUCCCAUGACCAUUAGUUGUCACCAUUCUACUCCCUACUCUUCAAACACUAAUCUGCUUUCUGUCUCUGUAGUUGCCUAUUUUGGAAGUUUCAGAUAAAUGGGAUCAUACAAUACAUGUCCUUUUGUGACUGAUUUCUUCUGCUUAACGAUCUUUUCAAGGUUCAAUCAUGUUGUAACAUGUAUCAGUGCUUCAUUUUUUUUCAUCGCUGAAUAAUAUUCCAUGACACUUGGCAUUUUGUUCUUGAAAUUCUCAUGCCUUUUUUUAACCUAUAAAACAAUUUGAAAUUAUAUGUAGUAAAAGUAGAAUACACUGUUUACUUUCCUGUUCCUGUUGCCUUCAAGUUGAUUCCAACUCAUAGCGACCGUAAAGGAGAGGAGCAGAACUACUUCAUAGCGUGUCCAAGGAGUGCCUGGUGGAUUCGAACUGCCAACCUUUUGGUUAGCAGCCAUAGCUCUUAACCACUAUGCCACCAUACUACUUAGUAGGUUCUAAAAUAAAUUACAUUCUUUAAGGGAUUCAAUUCCACUAUUUCAGUUUACUGUAUUAUUUUUCCCGACGUUUUGUUUCAAAAGAAUCUAAAACAGGCUUAGAAAAGCCUUAUGUUUUGAUAGAAGAUGACCGUAAAGAGUACAAAUGUAGCUAGGAAAGUUUAUGACUGAUAACAUUGGACUACAUCAAGGUGGAAAUGUGAUUAAGGCUAAACAGCAGACCAUAAACUGCUGUGGUGUUAGAUCACUUAAUGAAAGUUUGCCAAAGUCCUGAGGGAAGAUAUAACAGCUUUUGACUUCUAGUUACUUGUGCAGACACAACUAGAAAAGGAGUGAUAGACACCUGUUCUGCUCACAGUAAGCUGCUUGGCGAUUUAACAUGUCAACACCCAAGUUCAUACAAAAGGUAAAUGUUAGGGCGCAGUGGAUUUUAGAGUGGUCAGAUAUUGGAUAGGGUUAGUAGAAAAUGCUCGUGUAGUUAAAUAAGUGAAGUUAUGACAGAUUUUAUAGUUGGAUCUUAAUUAAAAAACCCAAAAACCCGCUGCUGUUGAGUCAGUCCCGACUCAAAGUAACCCUGUAAGAAUUUUGAUGUACUAGGCUCCCUGGGUGGCACACUAAUCUACUACUAAUCUAAAAGUUGGUGGUUCUAAAUGCCCAGCAGUGCUGCAGAAGAAAGGCCUGGAGGUCUCCUUCCAUAAAUACCACAGCCAAGCAAACCCUGUGGAGCAGUUCUACUCUUUAACACACGGGGUCGCCAUGAGUCAGAAUUGACUUGAUGGCAUUGGGUUUGGUUUGUUGGUUUUCUUAGCAUGUAACAACAGAAUGGGAAGGGCGUAGGUGAGGACAUUUGUUAAGCAUCUCUUAUGAGCCAGUAUCUAUGUUAGGCAUUUUAUAUGUUAUCAUUUUAAUUCUCACAAAACCAUCUGUGGUAGAUAGUGCCAUUUUACAAAUGAGAAAAUUGAAACCCAGAGAAGCCCACAAAUGACAGGAUGCAUUGCUUUCUAAAGUCCUUCAGCCUUCCUGGAAAUAUUCUGAGGAAUAGUUUGUAAAAGAUACUUACAAGAUUCUUUCCCUAUGUUAUGUCAAAAAUUCAGUUAUAGUAACAUUGGAUUCAGUAGCUGAUCAUGAUAGUGUGGGUUUACUUAAGGUUGGAAAGUUGACUGAAAAGAAGCUUAAUAACUGCGUGUUUAACGAGAAGCGCGUAGGGGAGAUUUCCUUAGGUGUUGUAUCAGAAGUAGAAAAUCAGUAACAGCAAAUGUAGUUGACAAAUCAGAUAGAAAGUAAUCACUGAGACUAAAUGCUACCCAUAUUUUUUAAGGAACUAGAGGAAAAUUGAUAAACUGUGUCACAUGCCUUUAUAAACCCUUUCACUGCCAAAGACUGACACACAGCCUGUGUGAUGAUGGUCUUUGGGGUUGGGGUUCUUGAAUUGUAAAGCCGGUGAAUCCCUUCUCAGGAUGUAGUUUUUUAAUGUAUAAAAUACACUUAACAUAUAAAAAAUAAAUUUCUGAUGUAAGAAAUUUGAUUUUUAUUAUUGAAUUAAAUAACAAGAUCUAGUGAUUAUCUUGCUAAUAUUACUGUGGUUUGUUGCCUGCAUUCAGAAUUGAAGGAAAUAUUAAAUUUCAAUAAUAGAUUACUUAGAAUAAAGAUGUAAAUUUCUUUCGCCAUGGACCGUAUUUUAAGAACUCCUGUCAUGAAGAGACCUGGACACAUAGCUAAGUUAUUUCCUACCAGUGGCUUCCAUAACAAGAAGUAGGAUUAUUAACUCUUAAAUUCAUAUUCACAAGAACAUGACCAUGGCUUAUAUGAAGAGCAGUUGGUGAUUUAGCUAAGGAGAAAUGUAGUAUAGUAGGAAGACAUUGGUUUGGAACUUUAAAAUACUUCGGUUUGAAUCCCAGCUGUGCUGUUUGUUGGGUAAGUUAGUCACUUAAUUGUGCUCAUGAGGAACUGGUACAUAGACCAAGUGGCAGUUGUUUGAACAGAACAAUUGGAUACUUUGUGGUUUAAAGUCAGGAAAGGUGUGCCUCAGGCUUGUAUCCUUUCACCAUAUUCAGUCUGUAUGUUGAGCAAAUAAUCUGAGAAGCUGGACUAUAUGAAGAAGAACGUGGCUUCAAGGUUGUAGGAAGACUCAUUAACAACCUGUAAUAUACAGAUGACACGACCUUGCUUGUGCUGAAAGUGAAGACAACUUGAAGCACUAACUGAUGAAAUCAAAGAUUAGCAUUCAGAAUGGAUUAUACCUCACUGUAAAGAAAACAAAAAUCCUCACAAAUGGAUCAGUAAACAAUAUGAUGAUAAAUGGAGAAAAUAUUGAAGUUGUCAAAGAUUUCAUUUUACUUGGAUCCACAAUCCAAUCCGUGCCCACGGAAGCAGCAUUCAAGAAAUCAGAUGACAUACUGCAUUGGGCAAAUCUGGAAAAGACCUCUUUAAAAAGUGUUCAAAAGCAAAGAUGUCAUGUUUUGAGAACUAAGGUGUGCCUGACCCAAGCCAUGAUAUUUUCAGUUGCCUCCUAUGUGUGUGAAAGCUGGACAAUGAAUAAGGAAAACCAAAGAAUUGAUACUUUUCAGUUAUGGUGUUGGCAAGGAAUAUUGAAUAUACCAUGAAGUGCUAGAAGAACAAACAAACCUGUCUUGGAGGAAGUACAGCCAGAAUGCUCUCUAGUGGUGAGGAUGGCGAGACUUCCUCCCACAUACUUUGAAAGCGUUAUCAGGGGAACCAGUCCCUGGAGAAGCGUAUCAUGCUUGGUAAAAUAGAGGGUCAGUGAAAAAGAGGAGGACCCUCAAUGAGGUGGAUUAUCAUAGUGGCUGCAACAGUGGAUUCAAAUAUAGUAACGAUUGUGAGGAUGGCUCAGGACCAGGCUGUGUUUUGUUCUGUUGUGCAUAGAGUCACUAUGAGUCAGAGCCGACUGGAUCUCACCUAACAACAACUUAAUGACAAUAAAAAGGAACCACGUAUAUGGACAAAUGCUUUCUCAGGAUAUUCACGUAUAGAGUAUACUUUUGGGAAUGGUACUAAGACUAUUAUUUCUUGUAAAAGGGCAAAUAAGGUACCUCUGGUUUGCAUAUAGUUCCCUAGCUGGCAGAAACGGUUUGUGCUCAACUACUAACCUCAAGGAUGGCGAUUUGAACCUUCCUAGCGCCACUGCAGAAGAACGGCCUGGCAGUUGGCUCAGGUAACAAUUACUCUAACACAUGGAGUCGCCUUGAGUCGGAAUUGACUCAACAACAAACGGAUGUUUUAAUUUGUUGGUGUGUGACAGCUUUUCUGGAUGAGAAGUUUGUAGUAAAGUGUGUGCAUGAACACAAAAAUGGCUAGUGAGCAUCAAUAGGGUAAAAAGGGUACGAGGGCAAAUGAUCAAUUUAAUUCUGAGAACGUUGCCUGAGUGUUUUUCCAAAGACCAACAAGAAGGAUAUGAGAAAGUUUAAAAAUGGACUGGAUUAUCUUGGUACGAGCCUACAGUAUAGUCAAUCUUAGACUGUUAAAUGGAUUUCAAUUAUUGCACCUCAAAGAACAAAUUAAAAAGGGGGAAAGUUUCCAGAAAACGGCGGUUAAAAUGUAGAAGGUAAUGCUGAGGCUUUUGUACAAAGAUAAAAAAGCAAUUUGACUCCAAAUGGAAUGAUAACGUCUGAGAGGGAGGGACUAUGAUGGAAUUGUAUUGAAUUAGGAAAAGCACAGAUAAUAAUCCUGGAAAGUUAAAACUAGCUUGAAAGAUGAGUAUUGCUUGACGGGGCUUAAAUAACUAGUGGCUUAUUCCCGAAACAUAGUAGCCCAGAAGGUGGUUUAGGUUUAAGGACAUACCAGAUGCCAUGUAAGGAUUACUGAACUAGGGACUGUGGGAGCAAUGGUGGUUCAGUGGUGGAAUUCUCGCCUUUCACGUGGGAGACCCGGGUUCAGUUCCUGGGCAGUGUAUCUCAUGUGCAGCCAUCACGCAUCUGUCAGUGGACACUCGUGUAUCACUGUGAUGUUAAACAGGUGUCCCAGCAUGGAGGAGAUGUUAAGCACUUGACUGCUAGCUGAAGUGUUAGCAGUUUGAACCCACCCAGCGGCAUCUUGGAAGAUAGGCCUGGUGAUCCGCUUCUAAAAGGUCACAGCCUUGAAAACCCCAGGGGGCAGUUCUGCUCUGCACAUGUGAUCUAACCAUGAGUUGGAGUUGACUCGAGGACAACUAAGAACAACAACAACAUGAUGCUGAACAGGUUUCAGUGGCGCUUCCAGACUAAGACUAGGAAGAAAGGCCUGGUAAUCUGCUUCUGGAAAUCAGCCAGUGAAAACCCUAUGGAUCACAGUGGUUGAUGUGCAGUGGAUCAUGGGUAUACUGCCUGAGUGGGCAGCAUUUUAGGCUGACUCGAUGGCAGCUAACAGCAACAGUAAACCUGGGAACUAGCCCUAGUUCAUUUCUAGUCAGCAUACCAUUUAACAAUACUUGUGCCUCAUGGUUUAUGAAACUUUUUAUUCUAUUCAUUUACUCAAUAAAUAUUUACUGAAUAUCUAGUGAAUGCUUUUUGAUCCUCUCAACAGCCAUUUGUUGAGCAUCUGCCAUCCUCAAGGGACUGUGGAGCAUGUAAGUGAAUUAAUCCAAUAGCAUAUGUAUGUGUGGAAAGUACAGAGGGGCUUUGCAAAGAUAAACACAAUUAUGCAAACUAAGUGCCGUAACAGAAGUAUACACCUGCAUGUUUCUCUUGAGGUGCUGAUGCAAAUUACUAGUACUUAGUUUUUGUUUUUUUUUUUUAAUGAAUUGACAGUAACUCUUUUGUUUUUUUGAACAGAAGCAGUGUAAUCUAAUGGCACUGCAGUGUGAUAGAACUCCUUCUAGAUCCUAGAGCCAGAUGACCUGGGUUUGAAUUUUAGCUCUACGGGAAGUUAUUUAAGCCGCAGUUUCUUCAUUUGUUAAGUGAGGCUAAUAAUAGUCCCCACUUCAUAAAUGAAUAGAUUUAUUGUGAGAAAUAAAUCAGUAUGUAUAAAAUGCUGGCACAUGGUGCUCUCAACAAGUGUUAGUUGCCACCAUAAGUUGUAUUUUGAUAGCUUAAUCAAUUUAAUCUAAAUAGUUUGUUAACGAUUGUGAUCAGAACUUUUUUACUAUGAGUAGAAAAUCAUCUCAAAUCUUUUUUUUUUUUUAAAUAUAUGACAGGGAAAAUACAUCAAUAAACUAUUAUGCACUAACUUUUUAAAAAAAUUGUGGUAAAAUGUGUAUUACGUAGUAUUAGCCAUUUUAACCAUUUUUAAGUGUACAAUUCAGUGAUUUUAAUUACAUUCACAGUGUUGUACAACCACCACUUUUUCCAAAAUUUUUUCAUUACCCCAAACAAACUCAGUACCGUUUAAGCUGUACCCCUUGGUAAUCACUAACCUGUUCUUGUGUGUAUGCAUUCGCCUCUUCCAGGUGUCUCUUCAUAUAAGUAGGAUGGUGUAUUAACUUUUUUUCAAAUAACGAUUUGUUGUGUUUUCAGUGGAAGUUUAUUAAGCUUUUACGUAUAUAUAAUGAAUACCAGUAGCUGGUAAUAGAAACAUCUUCCUAUUUAAGCGUAUAACUCAAAGAGGUUGUGUUUUGCAACGUGAAACUUAUUUCAGACCCUGAAAUAUUUCUGCCCAGGGUAUUGUUCUAAUGUUAGUAAUAGUUUGCUGUUUUAAAAUUGUCCUUAGACUGUAUUAGUCAGUAGACCGGGCUUUAGAACAGGGGUAGGAAAGUGUUUUCUGUAAAGGGUCAGAUGGCAAACGGGUUGCACCAUCUUUCUUGCAUCUGCUCAACUCGUGCCAUCGUCCUGUGAAAGCAGCUGUAGUCAAUAUAUAAAUGAAUGUCUGGGGCUGUGUUCCAGUAAAACUUUAUUUGUGGGCAUUAAAAUUUUAAUUCAGUAUUUUGUAAAAUAUUAUUUUUUGGAUUUUAUUUUCCCCCAAUCAUUUAAAAAUGUAAAAACCAUUCUUAGCUUGCAGACUUUACAGAAAUGGACAGGGGCCUGGAUUUGACUCGAAGGCCAUAGUAUGCCAGCCCUGCUCUACAGUCUUGGCUCCACCAGUCCUUGGCCGUGCAGUCGGAGGCCUUUGUGCAUGAAGACAGAUUUGUUCUAUGGCCUCGGAGUUGGGUGCCGGGGACGAUGGCGGCUGCACUGAGCUGGCAAAGCCCCUCUAUCUUCAGUACCUGGAGAGGGCCCUCCGGUUGGACCAUUUCCUGAGACAAACGUCAGCCAUCUUCAACAGGAGUAUUUCUAGUGAUGACAGUGAAGAUGGACUGGAUGACAAUAAUCCUUUACUGCCCCAGUCUGGGGAUCCCUUAAUACAAGUUAAGGAAGAACCUCCAAACUCAUUGCUUGGUGAGACUUCUGGAGCAAGCAGUUCUGGAAUGUUAAACACAUACUCGCUGAAUGGAGUUCUGCAGUCAGAAUCAAAAUCUGACAAAGGGAAUCUAUAUAACUUCUCUAAGUUGAAGAAAAGCAGAAAAUGGUUAAAGAGCAUUCUACUAAGUGAUGAGUCCAGUGAGGCAGAUUCUCAGAGUGAAGACAAUGAUGACGAAGAAGAACUCAAUCUCAGCCGAGAGGAGCUUCACAACAUGCUGCGGCUGCACAAAUACAAGAAGCUUCACCAGAACAAGUAUAGUAAAGACAAGGAGUUGCAGCAAUACCAAUACUACAGUGCAGGCCUGCUCUCUACAUAUGACCCUUUCUAUGAGCAACAGCGGCACCUACUUGGACCCAAAAAAAAGAAAUUCAAGGAAGAAAAGAAACUUAAAGCCAAGUUAAAAAAAGUGAAGAAAAAAAGACGAAGGGAUGAAGAACUUUCCUCUGAGGAAUCCCCUCGUCGCCACCACCACCAGACCAAAGUCUUUGCCAAAUUCUCUCAUGAUGCACCUCCACCUGGCACCAAGAAGAAGCAUUUAUCCAUUGAGCAGCUUAACGCUCGUCGCAGGAAAGUAUGGCUCAGCAUUGUGAAAAAGGAACUGCCAAAGGCCAACAAGCAGAAAGCUUCAGCUCAUAACCUGUUUCUCACCAAUAGCCGAAAGCUUGCCCACCAGUGUAUGAAGGAAGUGCGCCGUGCGGCCUUGCAGGCCCAAAAGAACUGUAAGGAGACCUUGCCUCGUGCUCGCCGCCUCACCAAGGAGAUGCUUCUGUACUGGAAGAAGUACGAGAAGGUGGAGAAGGAGCACCGCAAGCGGGCCGAGAAAGAAGCUUUGGAGCAGCGGAAAUUGGAUGAGGAAAUGCGGGAGGCCAAGAGGCAACAGCGAAAACUGAACUUCUUAAUCACCCAGACGGAAUUGUAUGCCCACUUCAUGAGUCGCAAACGAGACAUGGGUCAUGAUGGAAUCCAGGAAGAAAUCCUGAGAAAACUGGAAGACAGUUCUACUCAGAGACAAAUUGACAUUGGUGGAGGUGUGGUAGUUAACAUCACACAAGAGGAUUAUGAUAGUAACCAUUUCAAGGCCCAGGCCCUGAAGAAUGCUGAAAAUGCCUACCAUAUUCACCAAGCUCGGACAAGAUCAUUUGAUGAAGAUGCAAAAGAAAGCCGAGCAGCCGCCCUACGGGCAGCAAACAAGUCUGGCAGUGGGUUUGGGGAGAGUUACAGCCUGGCAAACCCAUCCAUCCGGGCUGGCGAGGAUAUUCCACAGCCCACGAUUUUUAAUGGCAAGUUGAAAGGUUAUCAGCUGAAAGGCAUGAAUUGGUUGGCCAAUCUCUAUGAACAGGGUAUUAAUGGCAUUCUUGCUGAUGAAAUGGGCCUUGGUAAAACAGUACAGAGCAUUGCCCUCCUGGCCCAUCUGGCUGAGAGAGAAAACAUUUGGGGACCUUUCUUAAUAAUUUCACCUGCUUCUACACUUAACAAUUGGCACCAGGAGUUCACUAGAUUUGUGCCUAAGUUUAAGGUGCUUCCAUACUGGGGAAACCCUCAUGACAGAAAAGUCAUCAGGAGGUUCUGGAGUCAGAAGACCCUCUACACUCAGGAUGCUCCGUUCCACGUGGUUAUCACCAGCUACCAGCUGGUAGUGCAGGAUGUGAAGUAUUUCCAGCGGGUCAAGUGGCAGUACAUGGUCUUGGAUGAGGCCCAGGCACUCAAGAGUAGUUCCAGUGUCCGUUGGAAGAUCCUCUUGCAGUUCCAGUGUCGGAAUCGGCUCUUGCUGACUGGGACGCCCAUUCAGAACACCAUGGCAGAGCUCUGGGCUCUGUUACAUUUCAUCAUGCCAACAUUAUUUGAUUCACAUGAGGAAUUUAAUGAAUGGUUUUCCAAGGAUAUUGAGAGCCACGCCGAAAACAAAUCUGCCAUUGAUGAGAAUCAACUCUCUCGCUUACACAUGAUCCUGAAGCCUUUUAUGCUAAGGAGAAUCAAGAAGGAUGUGGAAAAUGAGUUGUCUGACAAGAUUGAGAUUCUGAUGUACUGUCAACUGACCAGCCGACAAAAGCUGCUAUAUCAGGCACUGAAGAACAAAAUUUCCAUUGAGGAUUUAUUGCAGUCUUCUAUGGGCUCUACUCAGCAAGCACAGACCACCACCAGCAGCCUCAUGAAUCUGGUCAUGCAGUUUAGGAAGGUAUGUAAUCACCCAGAGUUAUUUGAACGGCAAGAAACAUGGUCUCCAUUUCAUAUUUCCCUAAAGCCAUACCGGAUCUCAAAGUUUAUCUACCGUCAUGGGCAGAUCAGGGUUUUCAACCAUUCACGAGACAGGUGGUUAAGGGUUCUUCUGUCUCCAUUUGCACCAGACUAUAUCCAGCAGUCUCUCUUUCACAGAAAAGGUGUUAAUGAAGAAAGCUGUUUUUCUUUCCUUCGAUUUAUUGAUGUAUCUCCAUCAGAAAUGGCAAACCUCAUGCUUCAGGGACUUUUGGCCAGAUGGUUAGCUCUUUUCCUGUCUCUGAAAGCCUCCUACAGGCUCCAUCAACUGCGCUCCUGGGAAGAGCGAGAAGGGGAGAACCAGCAGAGAUAUCUGAGAAACAAGGAUUUCCUCCUUGGGGUUAAUUUUCCACUCUCCUUUCCCAACCUUUGCAGCUGCCCUUUGUUAAAGUCUCUUGUUUUCAGCAGCCCCUGUAAAGCUGUGAGUGGCUACUCAGACCAGGUCAUUCAUCAGCGGAGAGCAGCUGUCUCACUUCGUUGCUGCCUGCUGACUGAGCUGCCAUCUUUUUUGUGUGUGGCCAGUCCACGAGUCACCGCAGUGCCAUUGGAUUCUUAUUGCAAUGACCGAAGUGCAGAAUAUGAGCGGCGCACGCUGAAGGAGGGAGGGAGUCUGGCAGCCAAGCAGUGUUUGUUGAAUGGGGCCCCUGAACUGGCUGCAGACUGGCUAAAUCGACGGUCCCAGUUCUUCCCAGAGCCAGCCGGGGGACUGUGGAGCAUCAGGCCUCAGAACGGCUGGUCUUUCAUCAGGAUUCCAGGCAAGGAGAGCCUCAUCACUGACAGUGGGAAGCUGUAUGCCCUGGACGUCCUGCUGACUCGGCUCAAGUCUCAAGGACAUAGGGUCCUUAUCUACUCCCAGAUGACCAGGAUGAUAGACCUGUUGGAGGAAUAUAUGGUUUACAGGAAGCAUACCUACAUGAGGCUCGAUGGCUCAUCCAAGAUCUCGGAGAGGCGGGACAUGGUUGCUGAUUUUCAGAACAGGAAUGACAUCUUCGUGUUCCUGUUAAGCACGCGAGCUGGAGGACUGGGUAUCAACCUCACCGCUGCAGACACGGUGAUUUUCUAUGACAGCGACUGGAACCCCACUGUGGACCAGCAAGCCAUGGACAGAGCCCACCGCUUGGGGCAGACAAAGCAGGUUACCGUGUACCGGCUCAUCUGCAAAGGCACCAUUGAAGAACGCAUUCUUCAGAGAGCCAAGGAGAAGAGUGAGAUUCAGCGGAUGGUGAUUUCAGGCGGUAACUUCAAACCGGAUACCUUGAAACCCAAAGAGGUGGUUAGUCUUCUUCUAGAUGAUGAAGAGUUGGAGAAGAAGCUGAGACUGCGACAGGAAGAGAAACGGCAGCAGGAGGAAACCAACCGAGUGAAAGAGCGCAAGCGUAAACGGGAGAAGUACGCAGAGAAGAAGAAAAAGGAAGAUGAAUUGGAUGGCAAAAGGAGAAAGGAGGGUGUGAACCUGGUGAUCCCAUUUGUUCCCUCGGCUGAUAACUCCAACCUCUCUGCUGAUGGGGAUGACUCCUUCAUUAGUGUGGACUCUGCCAUGCCCAGCCCCUUCAGUGAGAUCUCCAUCAGCAGUGAGCUGCACACGGGCUCCAUUCCCCCUGAUGAGAGCAGCAGUGACAUGCUGGUCAUUGUGGAUGACCCAGCCUCCUCAGCACCUCAGUCCCGAGCCACCAACUCUCCUGCUUCCAUGACGGGCUCCGUCUCAGACACCGUGAACGGAAUUUCCAUUCAGGAAAUGCCAGCUGCAGGACGUGGUCACUCAGCUCGAAGCCGAGGACGCCCCAAAGGUUCAGGCAGCACAGCCAAAGGAGCAGGGAAAGGCCGGAGCCGCAAGUCCACAGCUGGUAGUGCUGCCGCCAUGGCAGGAGCCAAAGCAGGGGCUGCAGCAGCCUCAGCAGCCGCCUACGCUGCAUACGGGUACAACGUGUCAAAAGGAAUCUCUGCCAGCAGUCCUUUGCAGACAUCCCUUGUUCGGCCUGCUGGCCUGGCUGAAUUUGGACCUUCAAGCGCCUCUUCUCCCUUGAGCUCCCCUUUGAGCAAAGGAAAUAGUGUUCCUGGAACUCCCAGGAGCCUCCACAUGACCAGCAGCCUAACGACAGAUUCCCUGGUCCGGAAACAGGGCAGAGGCUCCAAUCCCUCUGGAGGACGGUAACCAGCUGGGCCCUCCAGCUUCCUUGAACCAAACCAGGGGCUAGAGUCCUUGCCAGCAAACGGUGUUCGGAUGGCUUGCCCAGUGCAGCGUAUCACAUCCCAAGUCAGAGGGCGGAGAUGACCA